AAAUUGUAAUUUAUGAUGGAUAUUAUUCUAUAUAAAUUAUAAAUAUGAUGGGAGGGGAUGAGAAUGACACCGACUAUGUUCAUGAAAAAUUGUUUGAAUCACGAGAUUGUAGGGUUUUUGAAUAGAUAUCGUAGUAAGGCAGUGGCUGUAUAACUUAGGAGGUGGUGGUGAUGUGAGUUAUAAGUUUCCACAUGAAAUGCAGAGCUUUUGAAUAUGACUUUCCCAGAAGUUAAGGCGAAUGUGACGAGGGCUAGUUGUGGGGCGAUGCAACUUGCGAUUCGUUGAUGGAACGAUGGUUAUCUCAAAUUGUGUUUCUUAAAGGACGACAGGGGCAUUUCGCUGCAUUCGUUCCAUGAGAGUUCCGCAUGUGUAUUUAAACUAGCCAGUCUGCACAGGUCGUUUCCCUUCGCACAAAGAGGCUUCGAGCUUACUUCAAGCAAUGUUCUCGGUGGUGAAAACGUCAACAACACAACCUAAAGCUUCAAAAAGGAGGAAGAGAUGGUGCUGCUGGAAGAGGAAUAACGAUCAAAGAAGCCAAAAUGAAAGUGGCAAAUACACACCAAAUAGUGCUAGCAGGGACUUCUUUGGGAGUUAGAAACACCUUUCAUUCUAUUGUAGCCAUCUUAACCACUCUUGUAGUUGUCACCACCGUUUGUCUAAGACAGGAUGGAGGACAUUUACCUCCAAAAAUAAAUGCUUCUGGUAGUAAUUCGUCGUCGUCGUCAUCAUCAUCAAAGUGUGACUUGUUCUAUGGUAAGUGGGUUUUUGAUAACGAAUCUUAUCCAUUAUACAAAGAGAAGGAAUGCACGUUCAUGUCAGACCAGUUGGCUUGUGCGAAGUUUGGAAGGAAGGACCUGAGUUACCAGAAUUGGAGGUGGCAGCCUCACCACUGUGACCUUACCAGGUUCAACGCCACAGCAUUGCUUGAAAGGCUAAGGAACAAGAGGCUUGUGUUCGUAGGGGAUUCACUCAUCAGAGGCCAAUGGGUUUCCAUGGUUUGCCUUGUUGACUCUGUACUGCCCAAAACCCUCAAAUCCAUGCAUUCCACUGCCAAUGGUUCACUAAACAUUUUCAAGGCCAAAGAAUACAAUGCAAGUAUUGAGCACUAUUGGUCCCCAUUACUAGUAGAAUCAAACUCAGAUGAUCCAGUGAACCAUAGGGUACCAGAACGAACAGUGAGAGUGAAGGCUAUUGAAAAGCAUGCCAGGUACUGGACUGAUGCAGACUUUCUGGUUUUCAACACUUAUCUCUGGUGGAGAAGGCCUGUAAUGAAUGUUCUAUGGGGAUCAUUUGGAGACCCAGAUGGUGUCUACAAAGGGGUUGAAAUGUUGAGAGUCUAUGAAAUGGCCCUGAGGACCUGGUCUGAUUGGUUGGAAGUCCAUGUCAAUCGGAACAAGACCCAGUUGUUUUUCGUUAGCAUGUCACCCACUCAUGAAAGGGCUGAGGAAUGGGGAGCCGCUAAGGGUAACAAUUGUUACAGCGAAACCGAAAUGAUUGCAGAAGAAGGGUAUUGGGGGAAGGGUUCUGAUCCUAAGAUGAUGCAUAUGGUGGAGAACGUUCUUGAUGAUUUGAAAGCAAGAGGCUUGAAUGUUCAAAUGCUAAACAUCACACAGCUCUCAGAAUACAGAAAAGAAGGACACCCUUCUAUCUACAGGAAGCAGUGGGAUGCUCUAACCCAAGAACAGAUAGCAAACCCAAAUAGCUAUGCAGAUUGCAUACAUUGGUGCCUCCCUGGUGUGCCUGAUGUGUGGAAUGAACUCCUUUAUGCCUAUAUUUUCCAUCAAUAACAUAUGUUUGAUUGACAUGGCAAGCUUGCUAUUUUGUGUUAAAAUUAAUGACACAUUUAUUCUAUCUUUUCAGGCUAUUUAAUGAUUUGACAAUCAAUCAUACUGUAAA